GCUGAGCGAAAGCAAACACACCCAAGAAUUUCAGGCCAGUGUUAAGUUCAAAUACGUAUUGACAGAGCGCAACAAAGCUCGACAACCUCUGCUAGAUCACAAUGAAGCUGCCAGGCCUCAUUGAUCUUAGUCUCAUUUUGAUCCUGGCCUCUAAUUCAAAAGGUCAAAACUGGGAUGUUAACGUCUCUGGCAAAAUUAUGGCAGAAUUGGGCUCAAAUGUGACCAUACCAUGUACUUACACCUAUCCACAUCUAUACUUCACCGAAGAUGUUCAAGUUUACUGGAAAAAGCUUCAGAAGAGUACAUUUGAUACCAAAGACAAUGACAAAAAUGCAUUCGUUUACCAUAAGAACGACUCGUUCGUGCUUGAGAAGUACAGAGGAAAGACCAUGCUCAUCGGAAAUAAAGACAACGGAAACUGCUCCCUCGUGAUCCAAAACGUCCAGGAUAAUGACCAAGACAUCUACUUGAGAAUUAUCGUAAAAGGUCAACAAUACAGCUUCAAAAAGAAACGUGUCACCAUUUCUGUGCGUGGUGUUCAGCAAGUCACUGUACCAGCAGAUAUUACACACACAACAUUUUUGAACACCUUUGAAACAACAUCAAUGGGUAUGAAAGAGGAGACUUCAACACCAUAUACAGCCAUCUUUGUUCCAAUCGCUGCACUUCUGAUUAUCGUUUUUGUCACGGGAAUUGUCUUUUACAUAAAACACAGAAGGUCCAAGUCUUUUACCAGGGAGGAUUCUGGAUAUUAUGCAAAUUUUAGGAAAGCAUCAUCAAACCAAGCCAACAGAGACGCAUCUUGUAAAAAACAAGACAAGAAUCUUCCUAAAGCGAAGGCCAUCGAUGAGCCUGUCUACAUCAACAUGGAGGCCCCUCUGGAUCAGAUGGAUCAAAGCAUGGAUCACGCAGACAAUAUAUAUGCAAAUGUGGAUUAUUCAAAAUAGUAAAAAAGCUCCAUCUCAAGUCCAGUCUAUUUGGACUGUUUCUGUAUUCUCCGUGUUUUGCACACAUGUGCAUGAACUUGUGUUGGUGUGUAGGGUGCAUCACAACAGGAUUAUCUUAUCAUGAGGAAGAAAGGAUGCAUAGCUCCCUCUAAGGAAUUAGAUAAAGACCAUAUGUCAUCAAGAACAAUUACAAAUACUCUUUAUUUACUGGCUCAUGGAUGGAGAACUUGUGAGAGGCUUAUGAACCAAAAACCAUGCCUGUUGUCAGUCUAUUACAAGACGUCCUUGACUUUUGCAGUACUUGUUUUUCCUUUUUUUUCUCUCACCAAGAUAAAUGUGUGAAAAACUGCUCGGCAAUAGACAUAUUUCUGAUUCUCAUUUUAACUCCAAAUUUCCAAAACAGUAGUCCAUUGCAAUGCAGUGCCUAAUUUGCAGGCUUCAUGCCACACACACACUUUUACAGUCACAGUACGGUAAGUAGGCAGAUUGUGUCAAAUGUGUCAUGCUUAAAGGACAGGUUCAGAUGUGUUCUCGUCUAUCUUAACACAUUAACACAUUUUUACUAGUUUUACGGAUGUGACCCUUAUCUUUAAAAUUGUGCCAACGACUGUGGACUUUGUUCCCAUCUCUUACAUUGGAGUCAUGGUAGGAAGGGAUGUCUUUAAAGUCAGUAUGGUGAGGAAGCAUUUUUGCAGUAACCAUUAACUCUUACUGUUUACAUACAGUACAUAUAUGAUUGCUUUGCAUGGUUGGUUUUCAUUCUUUAUAUGUUGCCGCACAGUAAACACAGAGGCUCCGAUCAGUUAGUGUGCCAAUGGCAUUGCGCCACUAAGGGACUGACCUGAUGAAAUGGUAUCAAGCAUUUAUCAGAUCAGUUUUGCAAGCUGCUUGUAACAUCUCAUGACUGGAGUUCUGUUUUCUGCAGAAUGUGUAAAUGUUAUCUUCUAACCUUGUCAAAAAACUGUCGUGACAUUUUGUUUUAGUGCAAUAAUAGAUCGUGUUUUUCUGUCCUUUCUCAAUAAGUUUGCUAAUUCACUUCCUGCGUCAUUUGUGCUGGAUCUGAAACUUCUGUUUUCUCUUCUCGUUUAUUCUCCAGUUUAGAGAUUAAGUUGUUACUUGUGACGUGACAUUUAAUUUAAGGACUGUAUCAAAAAUAAAGGGUUAAAGGUGGAUGUGAUCUGUAGUGUCUACUCCCUUUCCUCCUCUUCUUUAUACUGGUAUAUAAAACUGAAUUAACAAUUAAACUAAGUAAAUGCUUGAGGUAAAUUAAGUGGAAGUUAGUGAAGAUGUUAAUGCGGCCACUGUGCCUACACUGUGUGGAGCAAUCGCUGCAGAGGCCGUUCACUCCCUGCCAUGUGACUGACUGCGCUGUGCUCUGUUAAAUGAUCUGUUGCUUGCACACAUUUCACCUGCCGUGCACAUCUGGCAGUUGGUCAGUGGCAAAUUGUCACCACAAGCAACAGUGGUUGCACUGACAUCAGAGCAAAUGGAACAAAUUUCACUCUAUGUUUAAGGCUCAUUCAUAAGCUGUCAGUUAUUGAUGAGUUUUCAAUUUUCAGCGUCACGUCAUAAUCUUGUCAUAAGAAAUACAUCAUCAUUAUUGAGAAGAACUGAAUCUUUGGUCUACAGUCAGUGUCAGUGCAAACAGAAUUUGGAAGCAAAUUCACACCAAACAAAGGAGGCAGAAGAGGCGGCUGAGGAAUAAGACUUUCUCGACCUUGGUUGUAUCGGCGUCCUGCAUACUUCGCACCAGGUUAUCAUCAUAGCUGAGAGAGUUGACUUCCCACAAUUUGUCUUACAGUCUUUCUCUAAAUGUGGAGUCAGUAUUUCAUGUAAAUCUAAAUUGUAAAUUCUCUUAUAUCGCGGACUAAACAAACCAAAUGUUUAGUCCAUCCUUUAAAACCCACUACACAAAGUUUACAUAGGUCAUUUUUAUUAAUUCUGUUCUUUUUUCAGCUAACUAACUUGUUUUUAAUACUUCGUUGUGAUGUUUUAUGAUCUCAUUUGACUGAGCAUCACAUGACUUUUCAAAGUGGGACAUACGCCUGAACCGCAAAGCUGUGAAGUGUAUAAAAAUAAAUUUCGCAGUGCUGACUUCCUCAAAAGAAAAUGUGGUUAAAUUGUGGUAUUUCCCUUAAACAAUGGACAAGUUAAAUGAAAAAAAUCAAUUAAUAAAUUGCAUUAUCUGAACUCAUCUUUAAUGUCCUCACAGCUUUUUCUUUAUUGCAGACUGGCUUGGCCUUCAUUGGUGUAUUUGAGGGAGUCUUAACUGUGUAACACUCCUCUGUGGACUCAUUUUAAUGUGUCUUGUUUUAUAAUUCUGCAGUGAGACAAACUGUUCUUCUGUGCAUUACUGGAACUGUUCUGUUUAACCAGAAGUGUUUUAUGAAAUUUCCCUCUGUAUUUGCUUGUCAAGUCACAGGUUAAACGGAGGACAGUCAAGGAGAAACCAUCACAUAUUGUAACAACAUCUGUGUCCUCGGCCUCUGCUGUAGCCGAAUAAAGAUCAAACACUUUGUAAAACACUUCAAAGAGUGAAGCUAGACUAUAAAUGUGACGUCCAGAAACACGGCACAAAGCUCACCGGCACUGGAAGUGAGGGCGUAUUCAUCCAGCCGUUAAACAGAUUCAGAGGUGAGUGAAUUAUUGGCACAUGUGCAAAACUACAACAGCAGAAAUACAGUUUCCCAUGUUUUUCAUUGCCUUCAUGCAUUUUUAUUUUUGCACUUUCUAUUUGUCUACCAUCAUCAGUGAUGGAGCUGAAGUGGUGGCUUUCCCUUCUGUUGUUACUUGGUGGGUCUCACAUCAUGAUGCAGCUGAAGACUUCUUCUUCAUCUUCCGCUCAACGAUAAAUCGAUCUACUGUCUUGUUUUUAGUGAUCUGUGACGUGCAGUCGAGCCAAUGGGUAGCACAAGUACCGCCAAGGAGGCUCCUGUGUGGUUAUUCCCUGCACCUACUUUUACCCCGAGCCCACCUUGAAAGCGAUCCUGAACAGGUGGAGAGGAUUCUGGAAGAAGGGGGAAACGAUCGUCUCAACCAAUCUCCCAGGAGAGAUACUGGCUAAGGAGUACGAAGCCAGCUUCUGGGACGUCUGGAAGCACUCAACUGCACCAUGGUGCUGCAUGGUGUCAGACUGAGUGAUGCUGGCCCUCACUGAAAUGCCCCAAUACAAAAGAUUCUCCUACAAAAAAAACAUGGUGUCCAUUGAUGAGUAUUGUAUGGAUUAUUUUAAUCGUUUUAAGGCAAUACACUAACAUUUUAUUCAUUGCAUUAUGGGUCAUACUGGUAUCAUGUUCCUACUCCGCAGGUGAUCUCUCUGUGGAGGUGAACAGUAAGGUGACUGCCGCUGCUCUGUGUCUCACUCCUGCCCAGCUAGUCCCCCUCAGUUCUCCUGGAGUCGCCCUGGAACCGUCAAUCGCCGAUCAAGGAGGCUGAACACAUGGAAGUGGGAAACGACAUCAACCCCGAUCUUUAAUCCUGUGGCCACCGACACCAACAAGCCUUUAAACUGCAUGGUGAAAUAUCCAGGAAGAAAGCAGGUGAAGAACUCCAUCAGCAUAUAUCCUAAGCCCAGUCCAUGAUUAAAUAUCACCUCUCAGAAUCCAGGUCCUGUACGUCAAGGAGCUUCAGAUCUUUCAUUUAAUGUCUGAUACGUUUACAGUAUAUACCUAUACUGUUAAUCAAGAAACACGCUAACAUUUCACUGCACACUGUAACGGCAGUGUCACGCACAAUCAGUUGUGCACCACUUCAUUUCUGCUGUGUUAUUCUAGAUCAGAUUUAGGUCACAAAUGUUUCACUGUUUAAGAAUUCUCACAAGUCUUCCAGUCAAUAUGAUUUGUGUCUGAUUAACAUUAAAUACUUAUUAACUGCUUUUUUUUAAUGGGUAUGAUGUUGUCAUAACAGAAGGGUAAGAUGGGUAAUGAUGCCCCCCCGUAAAGAACUUUAAGAUAUAUUUGGUGUUUCUGUAUGAUUGUGUAUAAACUAACCCAGCUGUGGGUUUUUGACCCAUUUGUAAUAAAUGUCAUAAUCUUGCACCAUUAGGUAUCUACAUAUUGUAUGAGUUGCAUAUAUUCCGUACUGUAAGUGUUUCUGAGUGUUUGUGAUAUAUACCAAGAUAAGAUAUUUUAAAAGGCAAAAUACUUUAAAUCCGACAGCACGAGGUUGAGCAUGAGGUUCAAUGGCAUUAAACUAAACAAAU